GAGAAAGGGAUACGAGUGGAACCGUGGAGGAGGGUUUUGUCUCUUAAACCUCUCACCCUUGGCCCUCUCUGUAGUCUUUUGAGUUUUGUGGCGGCUACUCUCUCUCUAGCUGAGCUCCAUACCAGUUUCUUCUUCUGCCGCCUCGCCCCUGAACCCCUACCCUUCUUUUUUUCCUCCUUAUUUCUUGGGUGUAGCUCCUUUUCCCUCCAUUCUUUCCCUCUCCCUCUCUCUACUUAAUUCUCUCUCUUUCUUCGUUCAAUCUGUGCCGGUUAUGGCGGUCGUUGCUUCUGCUGAUCGUAUCCUUCCAGAAUUCCCUGAACUGGGUCAAGUCUGUGGGUUUGUCUUUAUUGGUGUAUCCUUAUACUCUUACUCCACAGAAACUGCAGGUUUAUUAGAAAAGUUGUCACUAGACUCGCAGGCCAAGACAGCUGAUGUUCCGGAUCCAGCAAAGAAGCUGUCAACUAGUCAAUAUGGACCAAAUGACUUGGCUAAUAACCAAGCCAUGCCAUUUACUCGCUCCACAACCCCUCUUGUAGACCCAAAUUCGUUCUAUUAUCCUAAUGGAUACCCGUUGUCUGCAUACUAUUACGGAGGUUAUGAUUGGAACGACUACAGUAGACAUGUAAAUCCAGAUGGGAUUGAGAUAUCUCAUGCUGGGUUAGGAGAUGGUGAUACGGCUUUUUAUCCCCAAGGUUAUCCCUAUGGAACAUUUUCUUCAUCAAAUGCUUCUGCUGGUCCAACCCAUGAUAGCCAGUUGUAUGGGACCCAGCAAUACCAGUAUCCUAGUCCUUUUUAUCAGCUUCCUUGUUCCAAUGGUACACUUGGCCAAGUUAGCCCCUCACCAGGGGAGGUUUCAACUGCAUCUGUGACCGACAAAGUCCCUCUGCCGGUUGCUGGGACAAACUCUGGGAACAUGGGCAGUCUGAACAAAAAUAAUGGAUUGAAGUCUACUUUCCGACCAAGUAAUCAGAAUUCAUAUUCAUACUCCAAUGGUUCCUUCAAAAGGGGAAAUUCUGGGACAACAUACCCGACAUCAAGUUAUCAGGAUCCAAGAUUUUCCAUUGAGGCAUUUCAACAAACAUUCCCUUGGGUUGAUCCCUAUAUGUUCGCCGGGAGUCAAUCUGGACAUAUUUCAGGAGGCGGCUUUUCCUCUUCAAUGAAUUCACAUUCAACUAGGCCAGUACCAGGUCUUGGACAAGGCUCUAGUUACAUGAUGUAUCCAAACAACAGAAUGUACGACAGUUAUGGAAACCGAGGCACUGGAUAUUCCUUUGGUUAUAAUGAUUGGAGCAAUGGGCGUGGUUGGAUGGCUGCUGACAGGUACAAGUCAAAAGGCCGUGCAUAUGGCAAUCAGAACAUGGAUGGUUCAGGAGAGCUGAACAAAGGCCCCAGGGCCAAUAGUUCUAGAAGUCAAAAGGACUUUGGUGUUCACUCUGCUCCCGAGGGGCAGACCAAUUCUACAACAGGGAACAACAAGGAGGAGAAUCCGAGCGGAAUUUUAGACAAGGAACAAUAUAACAGGGAGGAUUUCCCAGAAGAGUACACAGAUGGCAAGUUCUUUGUUAUUAAAUCAUACAGUGAAGAUGAUGUUCAUAAGAGCAUCAAAUAUGGUGUUUGGACUAGCACGCUGAACGGUAAUAAGAAACUUGAUGCAGCUUACAGAGAGGCCAGUGCCAAGGCUGGUCACUGUCCAGUGUUCUUAUUGUUUUCGGUGAAUACAAGUGGUCAAUUUGUUGGUUUGGCCGAAAUGGUUGGUCCCGUUGAUUUUGAGAGAACUGUGGAGUAUUGGCAACAAGACAAGUGGGUUGGUUGCUUCCCUGUCAAGUGGCAUAUCAUCAAAGAUGUGCCGAAUAGUACCUUGAGGCACAUUACACUUGAGAAUAAUGAGGACAAGCCUGUAACUAAUAGUAGGGAUACUCAAGAGGUGGUCCUAGAGAAGGGUAUUGAGGUUCUUAAAAUCUUCAAGUCCUGUACUUCCAAGACUUCCAUUCUGAAUGAUUUUGGGUUCUAUGCAACCCGUGAAAGGAUAAUGCAGGAGAAGAGGGCGAAACAGAAGUUGCAGAAGCAGGUAUUGGAAGUUGCAAUGAAUGGGAAAGAUGGCCUGCAAAAGCCUGCUAGUGGUACGUUGGCCAAAGGCCCGAUAAAAGUAGGAGAAAUCGAGUUGAAGACGAAUGGGGAGACUGGGGUUCCCGAACAAAAUGAAGCAACAGUUGAAAUGCCACCCAAUGAUGGCGAAACUGUUGGUGAAUCAUACGAGAACAAAGUAGCUGCAAAUGGGGUUGCAAGUGCCUGCUAAAAGUUUUGGUCUAUGUUGGGUGUAGGGUUUUGUUUUGGGACCUAGAGAGUUAGAAGCUCUAUUAGUGUAGAAGUACCGUGGCGGGUGUUGUGGGUUUCCAUGUCGAUUGACGGUUGUGGGAGUAUCGUGGUGAGGCUAUCAAUAUACGGAAAGAUGGAUUUUGGUUUUCUUUUUUGUUUCCAAUUUUAGUGUGGAGUCCAAUUUGCAGUUCUUUAGUACUUAGUAGUACGAAAAGACAAAUCUGUUAUCAGAAACAUAUGGGUUGGACUUGGGCGUUAUCAUUGUCUUCGUGAUUUUCGGUUCAAGAUGUAGUCUCAAGCUGGAAUGAUAUGAAUCAAGGUUGUAAAAUCGGCUUAUAUGGGUGU